AUGGUCAACACCGUACCGAAGACAAGCUGGGACAUUCUCAGCGCAGGCGGCGGUACAUUCACUUCUGAAGUUCUCACCAAUGGCGGCAUCCUCGGCUCGCUCACUGGCCAGCCCCAGCUCCUCGCCGCAUCGAUCGCCGUGAUUCCGGGAGACUCACCGACCUUCGUUACCCAACAAUUCCUCCCUACGUCUCCCGCCGCGUACUGCAUCAUGCCGAAUCCGUUCCUCGGGCCGACCGGGCCGAAUGUGCUCGGCGUUAACGGCCGUAGCGACCAGUGGGCGCUGUGCGCCAACAGCUCGGCGUCCGGGAGGAUGGACUUGGUGUUCAGCCCGCUCCCGACCCACCCGCACUAUAACCAGUCGAGCUGCCAGUCGGUGUACUUGACCUUGAUGGUGGACCUGAGAUAA